GUGUGUGUGUGUGUGUGUGUAUGUGUGUAAGACAGUGAGAAACAGUGGGGACUGCUGCGCAAAGCUCGUGCUGCCGGAAUAGGAUUGCCGUCGUGCGCUUUUACGCACAAACUUUACAGACAGGAGCACACGGCGUGGCGGUGCGGGUUUUUCCCCGCAGCUUCAGGUAGACAUUCUGGUGAGAAGCUUGGUCUUCAGAGCAAAGCAGAGUCGGCAAACAUCCCUCCCUACAGGAAUGGUUGAUCACCUGUCUCUUGGUGAGGAGACCUUCCUGUAUUGUUCCGGCUCUCCAAGGUCUGACUACAACUGCGCUUGUCACCACAUCUUGGGCGUCAUGGUAACCGACGCAUGCUCCUACCAUCACCAGUCCUACCAAGGGGUGACCCUCUUUUCUCCACCUUGCCUUUCUGAGGAUGACCUCAGUGACUCCUCCAGCCUUUGCUCCUCCCACUGCUCCAGCCCAGAGUCCUCCUCGCCGGUGUCUCAUGCCAGCUAUGAGAGCAAGAGCAGAAGGAGCAAUGGGUGCUGCAGCUCCUCAGGAGGAGAAAGUCAAGAAAGCUUGUUGGACCUCCUACUCUCACAAGGAUCUGUGACCACCUCGUUGAGCUCCAACAGCGGUACCAGCUCUGUCUCUUUUCCUCUCUGUUCUUCUCUUUGUCUUUCCUCUCCGACCUCCUCUACUACCUCCUCAUCCUCCACCACCUCCUCCCAUGCCAUGGGCCUGGACUCUUCUGCCAUAAGCCUGACAUGGGAGUCCAAGAGGGAGCAGCGGCCAAACGUCCUGCAGCAGCACACCAAAGAGGACGUUUUCGAGUUCCCAGUUUUCCUUGACGAGCUGCAGGAUCCUGAAGCACUCCUCUUUCAGCCCACUCUGGAAGAGAUUGAGGAGUUCUUGGAGGAGAACAUGGUUGUGGGGGUGGAAAAAGAGGAGGAUGGCAGCGAGGAGGCAAUGUCUCCAGAGACAUCAACGUCUGAUGAUGCCGAGGCCGAGGGUUCCACGACAUGGGCAGGACAGUCAUCACCCCGAAACUCGGAUCAGACUGUUCCGGUGGCACGUUCUCCACUUCCCUCCUUUUUAGAGACCAAAGAUGUGCUGAAGAAGUCAUCAGAUCCAUCAGAGAUGGACAGCUCGCCAUCAAUGGUGGAUGCAAUUUCAGCCGACAGUCGGGUUGAUGGGAUCAAACAGGAGGACUGUGGAUCCUCAUCAGAUUCGUCUGAAAGUGCCAACGCUUCUUCCAAUGUGCCUGUCAUUCUUCAAAUCCAGCCCAUCCAGAUCAAACAAGAACCAAACCCCAACGCCAUAUCAGACGCUGUGACCAGCCAGCCUCAGAAAACCCAUUCCCAGCCUGCCCAAGGCCCAUCUGAUAUCAAAAUCGCGCAGCUCCUGGUCACCAUCCAGGGGCAAACUUUUGCUUUGGUGCCCCAGCUACUUUCCCCGGCAGCUGCUAGCUCAAACAAAAUUGGAAGUGCUGGUUCAUCCAAAUUUGUCCGGAUUGCACCGGUUCCCAUUGCUGCUAAACCCACAGGGCUCGGUGACGGAAGCUUAAGCGGCAGUUUGGCGGCGGGGGUCCUCGCCGGAGGCCAGCGCUGCCAGAAAAGUGCAGUGGCAGAUCUCAUUAAAAUGCACAAGUGCUCUUUUCCCGGCUGCAACAAGAUGUACACCAAGAGCAGCCACCUGAAAGCGCACCUGCGGAGGCACACGGGGGAGAAGCCUUUUGCCUGCACGUGGCCGGGCUGUGGAUGGAGAUUCUCUCGAUCUGAUGAGUUAUCCCGACACCGCCGCUCCCACUCCGGAGUGAAACCAUACCAGUGCAUCGUCUGCGAAAAGAAGUUUGCCCGCAGCGAUCACCUGUCGAAACACCUCAAAGUUCACCGGUUUCCACGAAGCAGCAGGACAGGACGCUCUGCAAACGGACCCCUGUGACCCCCGCUCUGACAGACUGACGCUGAGGGAGGGGGUGGGGGAGGUGUGCGUGACGAAAACGAGACAAGGGCAUAGGUUGGUGGCACCACAGUCCAAACACCCUUAAAAGGACGCCGUGCAGAGCUCUUUUUGCUUGCGUGUGUGCAUACGCUGGAGUAUGUGACGCACAUUCAUGGUACUGUGAUAAUUUAUUGGGUGGCGAGGAAAGACUGGAAAACCUAAAGCAGAACUCUGUUACUUGACACAGCAAUCUCACGGAUGGAAUAAGCUUCUCAUACAUCUUUUUCAGAAAUCUCAUUGCCAAAUCUCUUUCAAAAAAGAUUUGUAGUUUCACAUCUCUGGGGAAUUUGUUUAAUUUUGACCCCAAUUUCUUUUUUUCUUUUUCUUUUUUUUAAAGCUAAAUCAUGAAAAAGAAAUAGAACAGCUGAAUGCCGGUUUUAACUUCUUUCAAAAAGUGGCUUAUUUGCAAGAUUCAUUGGAACAGAAACACAGUUCUUCCUGAAGAGACAGCAGUGUAUUGGAAACAUUGACAUUCCUUUAGACUCUAUUUAAGUGUUCUUGCCAUUUUUUUUUUUUAUCGCAUCCGAAGAAGAAAAACCUUCAAACACAAAAACAAAGCUCAAGUUUUAGUACUCUUCCCCACUGGAGAUGGUGAGACUGUGUAUUUUGCACUGGCACACGAGAAACUUUUGGUCCCUAGUGAGAAUUAAAAAUUUUGUGUAGUUGCACUUAUUUGAUGAAGACUACCAAAUUGUUGCACUAUAGGGCACACCAGAUUAUUAGGUGCACCAUCAAUGAAUGGUCUAUUUUGGAACUUAUGUCAUAUAAAAGGCGAUCUAAAAAGCUACGUUCGCACCACCCUCGCUAUCGCGACCGAAGAACAAGCAGUGAAGUUUACAUAUACGUCUUUAUAUAUGGGAAUAAAUUAAAAAAAAUAGGUGCGCCUUAUAGUGCUGAAAAUCCGGUAAACGUCUUAGUUCGGAUUAAAUCCCAUUUUUUAAAGCUUCAUUUUUGGAUCAAACAUUCUUUUGUGCAGCUACAUCCAGAAAAUAAUUUGAUCCGAAGAGGAAAAGCGAUGUCUUUAAGUCACAAAUCACAACUUCUGUUUUAUGAAUUUGUGAUUUGAUAUACCAGUUUUUUAUGUAGCCUAAUUUACUUGAUGUCUCUGCUGGUGAGUGACUGAAGAUUGUAAUUUAAAAUGAUCCAAAGGACUUGGUGACCUGAAUACAAGCCCUUCCCCCCCCCGGUUGCUUCAAGGCCCUCUUUAUGCAUUUGUUUAUGAGGAUUUUACUUUUCUGGAUAAGACUUCUCUUCUUCUCCACAACAAUAACGGUGCUUUUCACUAAGAUUUAUAAAGUUCAAAUUUACACUAUAAAACCAAAACAAAUUCUAUUUCAAAGAAGAGCUGAUCCACAACCCAUCUGAAGUGUUUGUCCCUGGCUGUGUGGAGGAUAUGUACGUACUCUUUCAGGCAUUCCUUCAAGGCAAACGGAAGACCCACUUCUCCCAACGGGUGUCAAAUGUGAUCCAACGAAUGUAUGUAAAUACUGCACAAAGGAGAGCUGAAAUAUUCUUGUAAUUUCUGUGAUUUUAAAAGAUUUUGGAUAAUGUCAAGACAUGUAUAUAACUAGAUAAUUUGCAUAUAUAUAAAUAUAUAAAUAUGAAAUGAAAACUAGGGAAGCCUUGUUUUUGUCAAGUGUCUACAGAACACAUUUGUUGUUUCUGUGAAGCUAUUAUUUCUCUGUGGCAGAUGCAUUUUGUUGAAUAAUGUCUCGUAAAAAACGCAAAAUGUAUUCUUUAAACACUUUACACAAAAAGAGUUUGUUCAAAUCAUAUAUUUUUGUUUUGUUCUACCAUGUAACACAUUUACAAUAAAAUUUAGAAUAUAAAA